AGGCAGCCACUCCGGCACAGGACCCAGGGCAUCCCCUUGGAGCCUCCCCGGGAAGCCCGAGACCUCCCCAGCGCUGCCCCUGGGCCCGCACAGCCGCCCUGCUGACGAGACAUGGCCGCGGUCCGGGCCGUCGCCGGCCCCCGCGCCGCGUGCCGCGGCGCCGGCGCGCACGUGCACCUGGGCUUCCAGGCGCCCUGCGGCCCCGGCGGCUGGGGGUGCGGCUCCCCAUGCUUGGGGGGCCUGGCCUGCGAGUCCGAACGGCCCACCGCCCUGCCGCUGAGCUGCUGCGGAGGCGCGGCGCCCGACAGGCUCACCUUCCAGUCGGACGCGUCCGAGAGGGUCAGCUGCGGCUCCGUGGCCCGGGGCGCGCUGCGGGUGGAGCCGCCGGGGCGGUGGACCUUCGGCUCUGGGGCGGGCACUGCUGAGCUGCUGGGCGGCGGCGAGGAUGGCCCCAGCGACGGCGAGGAAGCCGACGCGGACGGCGGUCCUGCAGAAGAUCUUGGUGUGGCCCAGCACGGACGACGAGGGCGAGGGCGAGCCCCAGCUGAAGGCCGCGUGGGAGCUCUGGCUGCGCCGCCGCCGGCGGCGCCGCGGCUCCCGCCGGUCAUCCACGCCCCCGCGGCGGCUUUCGCGGCGACGGGCGGGGCACCGCCGCCGGGAGUCCCCGCGCCUCGGGAGGCGCAGGCCCGGGAGGUGGCCCACGAGUGGGGGGCGAGCCAGAGGGGUCGGCGCGACGAUCGGCCCCAGAUCACAACCGUGGUGGUGCGCAACUUGCACGUCCGCACGUCUCAGCAGGAGUUCCUCGACGAGGUCAACCGCAGUGGCUUCGCGGACAUGUACGAUUUCGCAUACAUCCCAAGGAGCUUCGAAGACGGCUCCGGGAAAGGCAACGGCUUCAUCAAUUUCAAGACUCGAGAGGCGGCCAGGGCUUUUGCGGCCGCGUGGCACCGCUCCAGGCGCCUCGGCAUGGAGGACGAGACUGGCCGAGUAGUCCCCCUCAACGUCUCCAGCGCUUCUCUGCAGGGCCUCGCGGCCAACCUGCGCAAGUGGACUGGCGCGCGGGUGACGCGCGUCAAGAAUCCAGAGUUCUUGCCUUUCGUCCUCAGGGACGCAGAGCCAGAGCCGCAUGCCUGCGUUCUGGAGAACCCAGGUUCUGCCGCCAUCGAUGCGACGAGACCUCGCUGAGACCACAGGGCUUCUGCCAAUUGCACCUCGGACGUGUCGUAGAAUUGGUUUUGGGCUCGGGCCCAAAUAGAUUUUCACAGAGCUGGCCACGGGAUGUAUCCACAAUCACGCCUGGUUUGGGCCACGUCUGUCUUACCGUUUAGCUUCCGACAGGCGCGCUGGUGCGUCGCAGUUGAGCGCGUUAGUGGCUCUCCGCUGCCGCGACCCAUAGAGACGACGUAAUUACGUAGCUUGCUGUGGGACUCAACCUCCUGAGGACAACGAUGGUUCGGAGGACGCGCUGGUGCGUAACAGUUUGGCGCGUUAGGGGCUCUCUGCUGCCGCGGCCCAAGUAGACGUACAUAAUUUUCGCUGGGUCUGCCUCUUGAGCAGGUCAUUUCGUAGAUCCUUAGAUCUCACUCAUAGACAUAUCAUCCUCUGUUGUUGCUUGCUUCUGCCCCAUCGUGCCGUGUGUCCGUCUCCCUCUGCCUGCUGAUACAGCAACGCGCGGAUUCGCAGAUCAUGCCAGCAGUUUUCGCGCUCUCACUCUAGCUGCGCGCCUUAAAUGCCCAUGUCUUUGAACCCGAGCGAGAUGUCAGAACCGCUCGCUGUUGGGCGCCACAAGCCAAGGUCUGCUUGUGGCUACACGUGGACCAUGUGACCCUCUGAGGAGGAGAGGUGUCUGGGGGCUGGCGGAGGGGGACCGCGGCGCUUUCUCUGCGGCACGAGUGGGGAGGGAGCUCCCUCGAAAGGGAGCUCCCUCGCCUGCAGCACCGUGCACCGCGCUUGCCCUGGGCAAGCACUUAUACGCUGCGCCGCUCGGGGAGCACGCUCUCCCUCCGAGGGCCUGGGGAACCGAGCGCCCGGCCUCCCCCGAGAGCUCGGGGAUCGCCUCCUUUCUCUUCCUGGCGGGUGGAGUACUUCACCCUGCUCCCUCGAGGGCUCGGGGAACCUGCUCUCGUCCUCGUCCUCCUCCUCCUCCUCCUCCUCCUCCUCCUCCUCCUCCUCCUCCUCUCUGGCCAGGGGCCUCUUCUCGAGCCUGCCCCUGCUCCUGCUGCUGCUCCGAGCAGCGAUGCUGUAGGUGAUGAAGGGUCGGUCGAGCCCCAGGCGUCGGCGGGGAGCGUGAUGCCCCGCGCCUCUGGGGAGGCGAAGCAGGCGAGCCGACUGCUAUGCCUUCCCUGCCUUGACGCCACCAGCGUCGCCAAGUUGCAUGGGUUCUCCUCGCCUGAUGAGCUUGUUGGGUGGGAGAGGUCCCGUCAGAGAGCUCCUGAGGAGCCUGAAUUAAUCGACGAGGAUUAAUUCGUGGCCGUGCGGCCAGGGGCGCCAUGUGGCGCCCGCAUAGUCAGUACCCUCAGUACCCUCCUCUCUGGCCAGCUGGAGCAGAGAGACUUCCCCAGGGUCCUGAGCGCGAGGCUCUGUACCCUGAGUACGAGGCCUCAGCCGCCGCUUCCCCUCCCCGCACCUCCCCCGUCCGUCUGCUCCUCCUCCUCCUCCUCCUCCUCCUCCU